AUGUGAAGUAUAUGAGAACUUGGCUUCAAGAAGGGUGUGUAAUGUGUUAGCAACUGAUGCAGACUCUGGAGUGUUUGCAGAGGUGGAGUAUUUUAUUUUGGCUGGUAACAUUGAGGUUUCAUUUAAAAUAGACAAAAUUCAUGGCAUUCUUUCCACAACAAAACGUUUGGAUCGAGAAAAAAUACCAUAUUAUAAUCUUACCCUGAAGGCCAUUGAUAAAGAAAAUAGUCUUUCAGCCAUCGCAACAGUUAUCGUUGUAGUUCUUGAUACAAAUGAUCAUGCACCUCGAUUCUCACAGAUUUUCAUCACAGAGAUUCCUGAGGAUGCUCCUCUCGGCUUUUCAGUCAUUCAGAUAGCUGCUACAGAUGAAGAUGUUGGUCUAAAUGCUGUCAUUGAAUAUACAAUCAUUGGCCAAAAUAGUGAGUUCCCGUUUAGUAUUGAAAAAACCACGGGCAUUUUACUAGUACUUCAUCCUUUGGACAGAGAAGAUCAAAAUCAUUAUAUAGUAAAGGUUAACGCGAAUGAUUCUGCUUGGAGCAUCAGCACAGACGUCACCAUAGAAAUUACAGAUGUCAAUGACAACACACCGAUCUUCUAUCAACCACGUUACACUCUCACUGUUCCUGAGAUAAAGAUGCAUGAAGUUUUCCUUCUCCAAAUUAGUGCUACUGACCGGGAUCUUGGUGAGAAUGCCCAAAUCCUUUAUUUCAUUGACCCACCAAAUGAACUUUUUUUGGUUAAUGCAUCAACUGGGAAAAUUUCAACCAAACAACCCAUUGUUCUCCAUGAAUCUGAAUCUGUAAAUUUGACUUUCACUGUUGUGGCAUUUGAUUGCGGCAGUGUUCCUUUGAACAGCUCUAGCAUUGUUUCAGUGACAUUAGUACGGCAUAAUCAAUUCCCACCCUCGUUUUUACCCUUCAGGUCUUUAGUACCAGUUCCUUUAACCCUGGAUGUUGGAACAGAAGUGAUCCAAAUAUCUGCUAUAGAUCAAGAUUCUCUUGUAAGGAACAACAGUGUUGAGUACUUCAAUAGUGGUGGCAAUGGAUCUCUUUACUUUGAGGUAGAACAUAACAGUGGAAGAGUGCUGGUAAAUAAAACUUUUGCAAAUACCCUUAGCACCAUCCUAACACUUCAAAUCACUGCCAAAGAUAAAGGCCUUCCUCCUUUUUUUGCACAGACUGAAAUCAGUUUUGAAGUUACACAUGAGAACCUUUUUGCACCACAUUUUCUUAACAGAAAAUUGGAGUUUUUUGUUCCGGAAGAUUUGCCCAUUGGUUCAGUUAUUGGAAAAAUCCAGGGCAAAGAUAAAGAUGUUGGCAUCAAUGGUGUUAUUUCUUAUUAUUUUGAUGGUGGGAAUGAAAAUGGAUUGUUUUCCAUAGGACAAUCUUCAGGAUUGAUAAUGCUUGUUAAAGCACUUGACUUUGAGGAAUUUGAAACUCAUCAUCUAAACGUCAUUGCUGAGGAUGGAGGCUGGCAUCCCAAGAUGGAGAGACUUAAUAUCACAGUAUAUGUAACAGAUUUAAACGAUAACCCUCCUGUAUUUACAUCCACAAAUUACAUUGCCACAGUUUCAGAAAAUGCUUUAAUUGGUACCUCAGUUUUGCAGGUUUGGGCAAAGGAUGCUGACACAGGAAUUCACUCCCAAAUCACAUAUACGCUUAUUGCAGGAGACAUCUUUCUCUUCUAUUUGGACACCAAAAAUGGCACAAUCACCACUUUAGAUAUAUUUGAUUAUGAGCAAAAACAGCAUUAUGAACUUACAGUCAAAGCUACCAACAUCGGGUUUCCAUAUUUGUUUGAUAUUGCCCGUAUACACAUCCAGAUCGCUGGCCUCAAUGAAUUCAUCCCUGCUUUUCAAAAACAUAUAUAUAACUUCACAGUGUCAGAGGCUUUGCCACCACAAACUGAAAUAGGAAGGGUUGUUGCCAUUGACUAUGACCAAGGGCCUGAUGGAGAAGUGUUUUAUGUGCUUGCUGGACAAAGUAAAAAAGCUAAUUUUGUGGUGGAUGAGCAUACGGGAAUAAUAUAUGUCUCGAAAGAUUUGAAAAAUCGCCUCCAAAAUAAUGAAAUCCUACGGGUGCUGGCAAAAAACAGAGGGGCUAUUACAGGAUUUAAUGUUGAUGAGACAUUGAUACAUCUAGACAUACUAGAUGAAAACGAUCCCCCUAAUUUUGAUUCAAUGCUUUACACUGCAACAGUGUUAGAGGACAUCUCGGUUGGGACAUCCGUAACUAAAGUCAAAGCGGUGGACCAGGAUGUGAUCCUAGAAUGGAGCAGGUUUUCUUAUAGCAUUGAACAUGGAAAUAUCAAUAGUUCCUUCAUUAUAGAUCCCAUCAGUGGGGUAAUUUCCGUUAACAGUCACCUGGAUAGAGAAAUGUGGGCCUUCUAUAACCUGACUGUCAUUGCUGUUGAUGAGGGCUCUCCUGCUGUAACCGGAAGCACUAAGGUAGCUAUCGUCAUUUCUGAUGUCAAUGACAAUCCUCCCAAACUGCUGACCACAGAAGGGUUUAUUCGAGAAAACCAACCUGCUGGCACUCUGGUUUCCACCUUAGCAGCCACAGAUGAUGACCUUCCUCCAAAUCAAGGUCCUUUCACGUACUGGAUGAUGAGACCUGCUGAGGAUUUUUCACUCUCAUCUGAUGGCGUUCUUGUUACCUCAAGACCCUUUGAUCGGGAGCGCAACCCUCUUUUUCAUAUACAUAUUGUGGUUCAAGAUGCUGGUAAGCCACCAAUGUCCUCCACCACUUUGUUACAUGUUAAAGUUCUUGAUGAAAAUGACAAUGCACCGCUCCAGAGAAACAUUAAUAUAUUGGUGAAAUAUUAUGGAAGUUCCUUUCCAGGAGGACUAAUCGGAAAUGUAAGACCGUCCGAUCAGGACGAACUGGAUGUCUUCAAUUGUACAAUUAAAAAUGGGCCACUUAGGAUGUUUAGUUUCCCAUUUGGGAUGUGUAAUUUGUGGUCCUCCCAUUACCAAGGAGAGGCAACAUAUAAUAUUUCAGUUGAAGGGAGUGACCAGCUCCACCCUUCGGUCAACAACAGCAUCUACGUCAAUUACAAAGGUUUUACCAAUGUCUCUCUGGACAAUUGCGUGUUGUUCUACAUCUCUAUAUCAACUCUUGAGGAAUUUCUGUCUUUGAAGUAUUUAAAAUUCGUCAAAGCUUUGGAUAGCCUCUUUAACCUACAAGCUUCCAAAACACAUGUGUUUGGAAUGAAGUUGCAAGGAGAUAAAAUGCUGCUUCUUGCUGCAGUGAAAAGCUACAAUGGUCAGUAUCUAACUGGAGAGGUGGCAAGCGGAAUAUCAAACAUGCAUAAAAAGUUACUGGAAGCACAAAGCAAUGUGACUAUAUUCCAAAUAACCAGUGACCCAUGUAUGCUCCGUCCUUGCCAUAAUGGUGCCACCUGCAACAGAAACAUUCACAUCAGUCAGGAAGUUGCUGUGUUGGAAAGCUCCAGUCUUAUAUUUGUUUCUCCAUAUUUUGUGGAGAUCUUUAACUGCUCUUGUCGAGCAGGCUUUACAGGUGAUGCAUGUGAGCUAGACUUUGAUGAAUGUACCAAGGAGCCUUGUAAAAAUGGGGGAAACUGCUAUAACAAUCCAGGAACUUAUUUUUGUCAAUGCAAAGAUGGAUUCUCAGGACCGCACUGUACUAUAGUUGAUAAUGAAUGUCUAACAGUAAUUUGUUUAAAUGGAGGAACGUGUUGGAACAGACAGGGAGGGUUCAUCUGUGAUUGCAGCCCAGGCUAUGAAGGAACAUUUUGUGAUCAUAUUGUUGACCACUGUGGUUCCUCCCCUUGUGUAUAUGGAACCUGCUCCAGUUUUCUAACAGGUUAUUCUUGCCAAUGUCCAUUUGGUGUGAGCGGAGUUGAUUGUGAAAAGCACAGUUAUGGCUUUCAGGAACUUUCUUAUAUAGAAUAUCCACCAUUGGAUCAACAAUCUAACUUCAUCUAUUUGGAAUUUGCGACUGUUCAACAAAACGCCUUGCUUUUGUACAACCAUGGUGACCCAUCAACUUCAGACUUCCUGGCCCUUGAAAUAGUGAGUGGAAGACUGUGCCUGUCUUAUGAUCUUGGAUCUGGAGUCAUAAGAUUGGAAACAGGCAAGAUAGUGGUUGAUGGAAGUUUCCACAACAUCACCGUAAGAAGAACUGGAAAUAUAGCCUCUCUUGAAAUAGACAACUGCUCUGUCCAUGAUCCGCAAGGAUUUUGCUUGUCACAAAAUGGUGCCACUGGAACCCAAAGGACUCUGGAAGUGAGCUCAAAUAACAUGACGUUUGGUGGUGUAAAGUCCAUUGAUGUCAUUUUACAGAGGCAAAUCAGGACUCAUAACUUUGUUGGCUGUAUGAGAAACAUACAAGUGAACAACUUCAGUCCAGAUUCCUUAAAAUCCUUGGCAUCACAGAAUGUUCUUAAUCGAUGUCCACAGAGAGAUAUUCCUCCCUGUGAAACCGCAGUGUGUUUGAACGAAGGAGUUUGUCAAGACCGAUGGUCGCACCAUCACUGCCAGUGUAGAGACCAAUUCACAGGACCCAACUGUGCCAUGAAUUUGGCUGAGCAGAAUGUAUUGUUUCUAAACGGCGAGGCCUACAUUGAGUUUGCCGUCAAGGAAAUCUACAGACGAAACCAUCUUCUCCAAGCCAUUUUGGAUGGGGAGGAAGGAGACUCCCAGGGAUUUGACAGUGUUGAGGUCAAGAUGAGGACUGUCAGAACAAAUGGCAUUUUGGUUGUGUGCUGGUGUCAAACUGCUCAUCUGAAACUUAAGAUAUCAGAUGGAAAACCUCUGUAUGUGUUCACCAAUGUCACAUCCGGGCAGCAGCUAGAGCUCUCAAUGGAGGGAAAUGUAUCCGAUGGGCAGUGGCAUGUUCUUCAGCUGCGCAGAAGAGGCUCAUACAUCUCUCUGUUUCUGGAUGAACAGCCUGUAGUGAAUACCACCAAUGGCACAAUAACUCACUCCGCAUUCUUAGUGGAGACCAUUUUUCUGGGCUCUGCUCCACUGAGAGAAUCCAAAGAUGUCCCAGGGAUGAUCCAAAAUUUAGGUUUCAGAGGCUGUGUGGAAUACAUCAAAUUCAAUGGUCGCCUCCUGUCCUUCAGUGGCUACAAUGAGAUAGUUGAUGCCAGCUCCAGCCCACCUGUCUUCCAAACCUUCUGCGUAUCUCCAAACCACUGCGUUCUGACUCCAUGUCUAAAGGAUUCCUGUCUAUCUGAGCCCUGCUGGAAUGAUAGUGACUGUGGGUCUUCUUUCAAAGACGACUACUGGUGCAUCUGUCUGCACAAUGUGUCUUCGUGUGGACCUUGCUUAUCUGACAAAGUCCACAGCGAGGCCUGUUCUCAAACCCAAAAGAGCGCCCCCUUAUGGAUUGUAGCAGUUAUUAUUCCCAUUGUCCUUAUUCUUCUGAUCCUAGUUCUCUGUAUUGUCCUCAGAAGACAAGGCAAAGCCUGUCAGGGUGAAAAGAGGAAUCAAAUCUACCUCAUACCACCAAGCAAACAGCAUGGCACGGAUAACCUGGCAUUUAGUUUAGGCCCUGCUGAUGAGUCUUCUCGGAAUGUCUCAAAUGAAGCCUGCAAGCAACCAGAUCUGAUAAAACCAAGGGAUUCUAUGCAAGGAGUGGAAAGCUGUUAUGAAAGUGGACCUUGUUGUCAUGUCUCAGGUUUUGGAGGGAGUGAACUGGAGUACUAUGAGAUUGACAGCACAUACUCGGAUGUGAACACCAUACAGCUGAAGAAGGAGGAUGAACGUGGAGAUCAGGUGAAUGGCAAUCCAAAAGUUUCUCAAUCCAUCAUGCAACCUCAAACGAAUCAUAAUCCAUCUCCUAAACUUCAUCAGAGAACAUCUGGAGGUGAUUUUCACCAGUGGCAACGUCAAUCCCAAUUGUUCUUCAAGAGAAAACUGGAUCCUGAUCUGACAGGCCCUCCACAACAUCUCUCAGCAGAUGAAGUCGAGAAACUAAACAACCCACGGGACCACAAGGGAUACCUCCAUCAAAAUUUCAGAGAGUGUCCCAUAAAGCCAUGCAGAGAUGGGCCAGUAGAGACAUCAUCAGAGAGUGAAAGCCACUGCUCCUUCACCGGCUCAGAGUUUGACUGUGAGAGAGAACUGUCGCUCAUCAGCUCACACGACAAAGAUGAACAUCCACCUGAAGGCAAGGACACAUGCGGUUUCAGUGAUCUUUCACCUAAAUUAAACAUGGUUUAAAAAUAGGGUGAAUAUUGG